AUGGCCAAAAAGGAUAAAAAGUCCAAGGAAGAUAAAAAAGCCCGUGCCGCUGAAAAGCAAAAGAAGAAUAACCAAAAGGCAGAGCUGAAACAGAAAAAGCAGGCAAAGAAGUCUGGCGAAGAAGAAGAGGAAGACCAGGACAUCGAUGCCAUCUUGGAGCAGUACGCCAAAGAACAAGAAGAGCUUCUUGCUGUGAAGGUGGAUGUCGUUGAUAGGCCUGGUAAAAGACUCAAUCCGGCCAUGGUGGCCAGUCCUUUACAGGGAAAGAGGGAAUUGAUCCUUUUUGGCGGUGAGUCCAAUGAGGGAGGUAUGGCUAGGUUCUAUAAUGAGCUUUACACUUAUACGAUUGAUAACAAUACGUGGAGGAAGUACUCGUCGAAGAACUCGCCGUUGCCCAGAUCGUCGCAUGCGAUGUGUGCCCAUCCGUCGGGCAUUGUGGUGAUGUUUGGUGGUGAGUUUUCGUCUCCUAAACAGUCUACCUUCUACCAUUAUGGUGAUACUUGGGUUUUGGAUGCUGAGACGAAGGAGUGGGAGAAACUCGACCAGAAGAAGGGCCCUUCGGCGAGAUCGGGCCAUAGAAUGUCGGUUUGGAAACACUACAUUAUUUUGCAUGGUGGGUUUAGAGAUUUGGGUGUUCUGACAACUUAUCUUCACGAUAUGUGGCUUUUUGAUAUCACCACUCAUAAAUGGACGCAGGCUGAGUUUCCUCCAGCUCAUCCUAUCCCAGAUGCUCGUUCUGGUCACUCUAUGGUGCCCCAUCCAGAAGGUGCUGUGAUUUACGGUGGUUACUGUAAAGUCAAGGGCAAGAAGGGCGUGCAGAAGGGUAAGGUGCUUACAGAUUCGUGGUUGGUGAAGAUGAAGGCUGAUCCUAAGGGUAUUAGGUUUGAAAGAAGAAGAAAACAAGGUUUCACUCCUUCUCCAAGAGUAGGCUGCUCAAUGGUGUUCCACAAGAACCGUGGUAUCAUGUUUGGUGGUGUCUAUGACUAUGACGAGAGCGAGGAGAAGAUUGAGUCUCAGUUUUAUAACACCUUGCAAUCGUACCAGGUGGAGAUCAAUAGAUGGUACAACAUGACGUUGAAGCCUAGAAAGAAGAAGAAGCAGGAGGCAGUCAAGGAGAAGGCCAAUAGAGAUGAGGAUUUGGAAGAUAUUUUGAACUCCAUUUUGGCCAAGGCAAACUUGAACGAUGAUGAUGAAGAAAAGGAUGAAGUUUCUCAGAUUGAGAAGUUGAAGCAACAAGAAGAAAGAGAGGAGUUGGAGAACGAUAAGGUGGAGUUCCCCAUUGUCAACCAGCUUCCUCAUCCACGUUUCAAUGCUACCACAUGUGUGGCCGACGAUUCGUUGUACAUUUUUGGUGGUAUUUUUGAAAGAGGCGACCAGGAGUUUAACUUGGACUCCAUGUACUCCAUUGAUUUGAACAAGCUUGAUGGUGUGAAGGUAUACUGGGAAGAUCAUAGUGAGCUAGAGAAACAGUAUGCUGGCUCUGACGAUGAAGAAGAUGAUGAUGAUGAAGACGAUGAGGAAGAUGAAGACGAAAAGGAAGCAGAGAAUGAAGAAGAGGAGCCUGAAGAGGAAGAGGAGGAAGAGGAAGAAGAAGAGGAAGAGGAGGAAGAGUUCCCUGAUCAACGUCCAUGGCUUCCCCACCCCAAGCCAUUUGAGAACCUACGGGCCUUCUAUAUCCGUACUGGUGCUCAGUUCCUUGAAUGGUCUAUCUCUAGUAACAGAGAUGCCAGAGGUAAGUACUUGAAGAAGGCUGCGUUUGAUCUUUGCGAAGACAGAUUCUGGGAGAGAAGAGAACAAGUUAGAAUUGCCGAGGACCAGUUGGAAGAGCUUGGUGGUGUCGGUGAGGUCAUUGAGAAAGAUACUCUGAAGGGCGGCAAGAGACGAUAG